CAAAAGAUGCCUGAAACAACCUAGUAUAUUAUUUAAUAAGACAUUUAGGUGGCAAUUAGUAUAGAAAGUGCUAAUAUUUGGAAUUCUAUCGUCGCUUAUUAGCUCAUUUGGAAGAGCUGAUUACAAUCUACCUCUCUUUAUAUUUGCUAUAUUUUUAUGGGAGUUCGAGAAAGUGCAAAUUAUUCCAUUCUAACAUAGUUUCAUACUAGGAUCAUUUAUCUAUUGUUAUUCUCUUUCAUAAUUGAUUUUGUCUAUGCAUUGUAUUGGCACAAUUAAUGGAGUAGAUUCAAAAUUUUAGAAACCAAGAUAGAUUCCCUUUUACAUUCUACAGUCAUUCUAACUGCCAUGUUAAAUAUGAUAAUAAAGGUAAAUUAAUAAUAUUUAACAAUUAAUAAGAUAGUAGUAAUUCUUUAUUCAGUAGGUAAUAAUAAUGAAGUAAAACACAAUUUGUUUCCAGGUGCUAUUAAAGAU